CAUGAGCUGCCAUGCCCAGCCUCAAAUUUCUUUAAAAUGAUUUUUAUCUUUCUUCAGUGAUAAGGUUCUUGCCUAUAUUUUAUCAGAGAGCAACUAGUUUCCUGCGUAUCCCUCUAUUUUAUCUUUCUUGUAUAUUUAAAAUGAAAAAAAUUAAAUAUCAUGCUUCAGAUCUGGCAACCAAUUAUGUAAAUAGUCGUAUGAAUCCUUCAGAAUGGAUAAUACAGCUUUUCUGACUGGUAUGAAAUAGUUUUCAGAUGCUCAUUCUUUAUAUCAUUAGCGUAUCUUAUAUCAUUAGCUUAUCCUCCAUUCAGGUAUAACAGAUCUUUUUUUCUGAUAAAUAUGGCAGUUUAGGGAAAUAAACUAUGGCAUAAUAUGCUAGGCCAUUCUUCUAGGCCACGCUUCUUGAUUGUAACCUUAAACCCUUUAUCAGAACCUAAACAACUUUUCAAAAGAUCUAUACAUAUUUUUAUCCAAUGUUUAAGGCUAUGAAUAAUUCAUUAUGUCACUCUUCAUUUUUUUCACCUGAUUAAUGAUCUCGACAAAAAUGUUGAGUAUUAGUUUUCCUUCCAGUGUGUAAGUUGUAUAAACAUCUCUCUUUACUGGUAACUAGCUAUCUCUAAAGGGAGACAAGUAAUUUUUAAGUUUCUAAUAAUAAUUGAAAACUUGAAUAUAAAUAUAUUUCACCUAUGAUAACCAUGUACCCAAGGCUAGGCUGAAGUUGGGAUCUAAAUUAUCUGAAAAGUUGUUCACCUCUCCAGCUCUGCUUAGGCAUAUAAAAGAAUGGUUUCUGGAGUCACAUAGUAACAGUUUAAAUCCUGGCUCUGCCGUUUCACAUGCUGUAUGACUUUGGACAGGUUAUUUAAACUCUGUGUGCCACAAUUCUUCGUCUUUAAAAUGUGGCUAAUAAGACUGCCCACCUCAUAGGGCUUGUUGGGGUGAUAAAAUGAGUCAAUAUAAGCAAAAUGCUUAGAAAAAUAUCUGGUGUAUAGUGGAUAUAUAUGUUAAUGUUAUUGAGAUUUCAUUUACUUUUGGAUUGCAAAAGGAACUGAAAAGAUGCAAUUCUUACUCUAUGUCAGCAUGUAGGAAUAAGUAAACAAAAUAUGGUUUGAAUUUUGUCCUGAAUGCAUUAACUUGAAUCUAACUAAAACCUGGUUAUUAUAUUAGAAACAAUUUUCUCUUUGGUUUGCCCAGGAGAUUUGUUUUCCAGUUAUGUCUAAAAUAAUACUCUUUCUUUUUACUCUUUUCAGUAUAUAUUUUCAUUGUUUUUCAUUUAAUAGUGAUGCAUAGUGUAUCUUUUCUGAUUUACUUUAAAUGUGAAAGAAAAUUCUAAGAUGUUAAUAUUAUUAUUACUGCCAUUGAGAUAUCCCUUAUAGGAAUUAAUUAAUAGAAAUAGAAUCAAAGUAAGUUUAGUUAUAUAAUGCUUAGCAUGUACUAUAUUCUCAAAAUUCUGUAUUCAGUUUCAGACAUGUUCAUGGCUGAAUAUAUGAUCUGACAAUAAUCUGCUUAUAUAGAUAAAAACAUCAUUUGAGUGGAUUAAUUUAUUAAUUCAACUGGUAUUUACUAAAUAAAAUCCAUGUAUCUUUCAAAAAUAAUUUUUACUAAUACUUUCUAUCACUAUCAGAAUCUGAAAUCUCAGAUUUCAUGCUUUAAAGAGAAUUCAUUUAACAUGAAUUAUAAAUUAUAAUUACUUAUAUGAAUUGGAUAAUUAAAUAAAAUAUCAAGAUAUUUAAGGCGAGAAAAUCUUAUAUGUGGCAAGAUAAGUGGUGCUCCAUUCAAUGUAUUAAUUGCAACCAAUAAAUUGGUUAACUGUGUCUCAGUGGUACCAUUCUUUCUUAUUGUUUGAGAGUAAUCACAGUAGCUACACGCUGUGGUGGGAUCCAUUUUAUACACAAGUCUCUUUACUUCACCAUAUCUGAGUAGAGACAGCCUAAGUCACCCUUUGGUCACAGAAUAAAAUAUUUUAAAUCAGUGCUUCUUGUUUUCCCCAAAAUUAGCUGGUCAAGGAAUAUGAUAUCUGGGAUACAAAAGGUGAGUGUGGUAACAGGCAAAGUCAUUGUAAAAUAUAGAUUACAUCUAUCUUGCUAAAUAAGUUCAGCCUAAAGCCUUUGUCUUCACAAAAUUCUGUGACCGUUACUCACUUUUGUCUUGGCAUUAUCCUCAUAAUAGUCACAUAAAAUAAUCAAGUCCUGUCACCCUCUGAGCUUCAGUUUCAGUUUCCUUAUCUUUUAUUUCCUCUUUAGUUCUAAGAAUCUGUGUUGCUAAUACUAUUUGCCUUACUCCUAGGUUCAAUGUAGGUUCGCACUGUAAAUUACUUGAUACAAAACAAGAUACCUGUUUAUUCACCUGUGUUAGUAUUUGCACAUUAAAGUAGGAAAAUAGAACCUUUCGUUUCAAAGGUAGUCCCCCUUUAGACCAUGUAUAGAGAACAUCUUAAACUUUUGCAUCAUCACAAAGUCCUCACAUUCUUAGAAAAGAACAUAUAUAACUACUAAGAAUUGAAUUGAAAGUGUAUAAAAAAUUGUCUCCUGUGGUUGGAUUAUGUAAAGAAGAAAUGGAGUUCUUUGAAGUUUCACUGAUAAGCGUGUGGGGAGACUGAGAUAUCUUCUUGAUUUGUGCUCAUGAUUAUUCUGGUUCGUGCACUGUAAUGAAAUAACCUUUUAAAUUAUGCAGUUUAAUGUAAUAACAAAGUUUGUAAAAAUUCUAUACUCUUAAAAAUGGCUUUCAUUUUAAAACUUCCCAAAUACGCAGUCUUGAAGUUGUUAAUUUCUCAAUCAAGACGCAGGGUGGCGCUGCAGGCUAAGUUGUGAAUAAAGAGUCCUAAAAAGCUCGCGUAUUCUUUUGUGUCGCUAGACGCAAUAAAAAACACAAGGAAGAAGCGUUGCAAGCAGUGCAGGUUUACCAACGGCUUGGGGCAGCGAUAUACUAAACACAUUUAAUAUUAAUAGCAACUGUGUGACGAUUCCUCCAAGCAAGAAAUUAGAAUUGAAUGUCUCAAGUCUCGUUGCGGUUGCUGAAAGGAUUGGAUAUAAGGACCUGGACUCCAACAUGAAGAAGCUAGGGAGAAUUCAUCCAAACAGGCAAGUUUUGGCCUUUAUUUUGAUGGUGUUCUUGUCUCAGGUUCGCCCCGAGCCUAUUCGUUAUUCUGUGUUGGAGGAAAUAGAGAGCGGCUCCUUUGUAGCCCAUCUGGCCAAGGAUCUGGGCCUGGGAAUUGGGGAACUGGCCGCUCGGUCAGCCCGGGUGGUGUCUGAUGAUGACAAGCAGCGUUUGCAGCUGGAUCGUCAGAGUGGAGAUUUGCUUCUGAGGGAGAAACUAGACCGGGAAGAGCUCUGUGGUCCUGUUGAACCGUGUGUACUGCAUUUCCAAGUGUUCCUGGAAAUGCCAGUGCAAUUUUUUCAAGGAGAAUUAUUGAUCCAGGACAUAAAUGAUCACUCUCCAGUAUUCCCUGAAAGGGAAGUGCUCUUGAAAAUACUAGAAAAUAGCCAGCCGGGGACUCUAUUUCCGUUGCUAAUAGCUGAGGAUUUGGAUGUGGGCAGCAAUGGUCUUCAAAAAUACACAAUCAGCCCCAAUUCUCAUUUUCACAUUCUCACUAGAAAUCAUAGUGAGGGCAAGAAAUACCCAGAUUUGGUGCAGGACAAACCACUGGAUCGAGAGGAGCAGCCUGAGUUCAGCUUAACCCUCGUGGCGCUGGAUGGUGGGUCUCCACCUAGGUCUGGCACAGUCAUGGUUCGAAUCCUGAUCAUGGACAUCAAUGACAAUGCUCCUGAGUUUGUGCACACUCCAUAUGGGGUGCAGGUCCUGGAAAACAGCCCCCUAGACUCUCCAAUUAUUAGGGUCUUAGCUACAGACGUAGAUGCUGGAAACUUCGGGAGUGUUUCUUAUGGCUUAUUCCAAGCAUCAGAUGAAAUUAAACAAACUUUCUCAAUAAAUGAAUUCACGGGAGAAAUACUAUUGAAAAAACAAUUGGAUUUCGAAAAAAUUAAAUCUUACCAUGUAGAAAUUGAGGCCACAGAUGGAGGAGGCCUUUCGGGGAAAGGCACUGUAGUCAUAGAGGUGGUGGAUGUGAACGACAAUCCCCCAGAACUUAUCAUAUCUUCGCUCACCAGCUCCAUCCCAGAAAAUGCUCCUGAGACGGUAGUCUCUAUCUUCCGAAUUCGAGAUAGAGAUUCCGCAGAAAAUGGAAAGAUGAUUUGCUCUAUUCCAGAUAAUCUACCGUUUAUUCUAAAACCAACUUUGAAGAAUUUUUACACCCUGGUAACAGAGAGACCACUGGACAGAGAGACCAGCGCUGAGUACAACAUCACCAUCACCGUCACUGAUUUGGGGACACCCAGGCUGAAAACCCAGCAGACCAUAACCGUGCAGGUCUCCGACGUCAAUGACAACGCCCCCGCCUUCACCCAAACCUCCUACACCCUGUUCGUCCGCGAGAACAACAGCCCCGCCCUGCACAUCGGCAGUGUCAAGGCCACAGACAGAGACUCAGGCACCAACGCCCAGGUCACCUACUCGCUGCUGCCGCCCCAGGACCCGCACCUGCCCCUCGCCUCCCUGGUCUCCAUCAACGCGGACAACGGCCACCUGUUCGCCCUCCGGUCGCUGGACUACGAGGCCCUGCAGGCGUUCGAGUUCCGCGUGGGCGCCACAGACCGCGGCUCCCCGGCGCUGAGCAGCGAGGCGCUGGUGCGCGUGCUGGUGCUGGACGCCAACGACAACUCGCCCUUCGUGCUGUACCCGCUGCAGAACGGCUCCGCGCCCUGCACCGAGCUGGUGCCCCGGGCGGCCGAGCCGGGCUACCUGGUGACCAAGGUGGUGGCGGUGGACGGCGACUCGGGCCAGAAUGCCUGGCUGUCGUACCAGCUGCUCAAGGCCACGGAGCCCGGGCUGUUCGGUGUGUGGGCGCACAAUGGCGAGGUGCGCACCACCAGGCUGCUGAGCGAGCGCGACGUGGCCAAGCACAGGCUGGUGGUGCUGGUCAAGGACAACGGCGAGCCUCCGCGCUCGGCCACCGCCACGCUGCACGUGCUCCUGGUGGACGGCUUCUCCCAGCCCUACCUGCCUCUCCCGGAGGCGGCCCCGGCCCGGGCCCAGGCCGACUCGCUCACCGUCUACCUGGUGGUGGCGUUGGCCUCGGUGUCGUCUCUCUUCCUCUUUUCGGUGCUCCUGUUCGUGGCGGUGCGGCUGUGCAGGAGGAGCAGGGCGGCCUCGGUGGGUCGCUGCUCGGUGACCGAAGUCCCCUUUCCAGGGCAUCUAGUGGACGUGAGCGGCACCGGGACCCUGUCCCAGAGCUACCAGUACGAGGUGUGUCUGACAGGAGACUCUGGGACUGGUGAGUUCAAGUUCCUGAGGCCAAUAUUUCCUAAUCUCUUGGUUCAGGACACCGGGAGGGAAGUUAAGGAAAACCCCAAGUUCAGAAAUAGCUUGGUAUUCAGUUAAGUGUUGUAUUUAGUUUAGUGAACCGCUCAUUAGUUUUGUCAAACUUCCCAUUGCAAUGCCUUUAUUUAAAAAAAUUGUCUACUUAUCUAAAUAUUCAUACCACAAUUUCAAACCUACGCAUGUCCCUGAUAAAGUUAAAUUUGUCCCUUUUUUAUUGUUAUUAAUUGCACUUAACAUUUUUAGUUAUACUGGAUAUUGAGUAUGGAUUUUCUCUAUAUUUGAUCUAUUGGUGAUUAAUCUUUUUGUAACCAUAAAUAACUCAAUUAGGAUAAAAACAAAUUAUAUUUUAAUGAAAUUCUUAAAUUAACAUCUUUUUAAUGGAACAUUUAAGUGAAUAUAUGAACUCUUGAAUUUCUAAAUAUUUGUUGUGCCUGUCUUUACCAUGUAACUUAAUGUUUGCAAGGCCAGAGUGUUUGAAAUUUUUCUAUUUAACUUUAGAAUUACCUUGUCCUUUCUGGUUGACUAUACUAGGCUAAGCCCUCUAAAUAGCCAUGAGCGUAAAAUUUAGUAUACUCAUUUUUCACAAAUUGUAUAUAAACAUGCACUUCAUUACAUUAGUAAUACACUAAAAUUGUGGUCAUUUUCCUCUUGUGACCACCACAUGUCUAGUGAUUAUUUUGUUUAUUUGGUUUCUACUUACCUAGCACAUUGUAAUGUUCCAUGAAUGCUAAUAUUAAAUUUUGUAAAAAUAACUUAUUUAUAAAUAAUUUUUAAAGAGAAAAAUCUCAUAUAAUUUGUCAUAACCUUUCAAUAAAUAAAACUGUUAAAUCACGGCCUGAUAUCAUCUUUAAAAAAAAAUCUCAGAAUCUGAAAUAAGCCCUAAAUUUCUCCCCAAAAUCAAGACUCUUGAGAUCAUCAUAGGUCUCCUUGUGCUCCCUUUCACUCCCUAUAAAUAGAAAUCCAAGUAUACUUUAAUAUGUAUAUAUUUUUUGGUUUUCCUACAGCUUCUCCCCAUCUUUCAAAAGAAUCAAGAAAUUUCUUCUGCACCUUGGCUAUUCUGUUUAAAUCUGAUAAUCAGUUGAUCUCAGGUUUUUCACUGUACAUUACUUUGCAGAUAUGGACAGUCUUUACAAAAAUAAUUUUUAAAUGCUUAAUUAUUUUUAUUUGUUCUUUAAGGUAACCUUCAGUUAUUUUGAAUUAAUUUAACUUCUCAAUUAUGCCAAAGUUGCACUUGCAUGAAAUAAGUAUUAUUUUGUCCUUGUAUAGACUGGAACAGUAAUAAAUUUAUCUGAAUUAAAA